AUUGACGUCAUAAUAAAGAUUUGGAAGUUAUGGACUCGUAACCUUCAAGUGAGCUUGGUAAAGUUAUAUAGUGGGGCUGCAUUGUAAAUGUAAAUAUUUGUUGAUGGAUCGCAUAUUUAAUCUGUAGGUUCAGCUUAAUUUAAGCUUGUUUUCAAAUGAUAAGUAGGAAGAAGAGAAAAGUAGAAAAAGAUCACAGAGAUCCAAUAAAGAUCACUUAGUGGUGGACUCAAAGAUCACAGAGAUCCAAUAAAGGUCACUUAGUGGUGGAUUCAAAGAUCACAGAGAUCCAAUAAAGGUCACUUAGUGGUGGACUCAAAGAUCCCUGAGGGAUCUAUCGUAAUUGUUUCCUCAUGCAGAGGUUGGUUUCGUAAAAUCAAUCUUCUGUUCUCUAGCUGAUUCUGAAAAAAAGCUUAAAAGAGGGAACAAAAAAUCUGAAGUCCUAUGGCUCACUAGAUAGGUGUGCAACUAAAUAUUGAUAACUACAAAAAUAAAAUCAAUGGACAAUAUGGUCUUAACAGAUGAGUGAUCCUGACAGAUCCUUACCUGUACAUCUGACCUCACAGGUCCUUACCUGUACAUCAGACCUGACAGAUCCUUACCUGUACAUCUGACCUCACAGAUCCUUACCUGUACAUCAGACCUCACAGGUCCUUACCUGUACAUCUGACCUCACAGAUCCUUACCUGUACAUCAGACCUCACAGAUCAUUACCUGUACAUCUGACCUCACAGAUCCUUACCUGUACAUCAGACCUGACAGAUCCUUACCUGUACAUCUGACCUCACAGAUCCUUACCUGUACAUCAGACCUGACAGGUCCUUACCUUAGUUACAGAUGCGCAAUUUGGGUUUAAGCCUGGUUUUGGUACACGUGAUGCAAUAUUUGCAUUACAUAGUUUAAUUACAAAUACUUUACAACAGAAUAAAAAAUUGUACUGCGUAUUUGUCGAUUAUAGUAAAGCAUUUGACAGUGUUUGUCACGAUAAACUCUGGCUUAAAUUGUGGAGAAGUGGAAUUAGAGGUAGGUUGUUAAAUGUAAUUAAGUCAAUUUAUGAUAAUGUAAAAUCCUGUACUAAAUUAAGCGGGAAAUUAUCUGCUAUGUUCGACUUGCAUGUCUGACUUUUACAAGGGGAAUCUUUAUCGCCGAUACUAUAUUCGCUCUUCGUUAAUGAUAUGGAAAGUGCACUAAUUAACUCUAAUUGUCAUAGCUACCAAUUGCAACUUUUAAAUUUAUUUAUUCUUAUGUAUGCUGAUGAUACAGUUUUAUUCACUGAAGAUGCUAAUGAUCUCCAAAAUAUGUUAGAUUGUCUGCAAACCUAUUCCGAUAAAUGGAAUCUAACAGUUAACAUAAAUAAAACCAAAAUUGUUGUUUUUAGAAAGAGCAAGCGUUUGACGCCUACCGAACAUUGGACUUUUCAAGGGAAGGAUAUAGAUGUAGUUCAUACUUUUUGUUAUUUGGGAUUAGUUUUUAAUUAUAAUGGAAGAUUUACUGUGGCACACAAUACAUUAGCAUCGCAGGGAAGGAAAGCUUAUUAUCUUCUCAAAAGUAGAAUUAAAAAUUAUAUGCUUAAUGCCGAAACUAAAUUAUCACUAUUCGAUACAUAUGUGUCAUGUAUACUUAAUUAUUGUUGUGAAGUAUGGGGACAUCACCCAGCACCUAAGAUUGAAGCUGUACAUCUUUUAUUCCUUAAAGGAUUACUAAACGUAAAGAAAACAGUCAAUAGCUCCAUGGUGUAUUUUGAGACUGGUAGAUAUAGUUUACAUGUACAACGAAAAAUAAUGAUCAUGAAGUAUUGGUUAAAGUUGUUAAAGACAAAUAAUUGUAUAUUGAAGUCAUGCUAUGUGGCACUGCUAGAGCUCAAUAUUAAAAAGCCUAAUUGUAAAUUAAACUGGGUCUAUGAGAUAAAAGAUGAUUUAUGUAGACAUGGCUUUAAUUACGUUUGGAUUGCUCAAAAUGUUAACAAUGAAAAACACUUUUUAGAAUUGUAUACGCAACGCUUGCAUGACAUAUUUAUACAAGAUUUACAUAGUUCCUUUAAUAAUUCUUCUAAGUGUCAAAUUUAUAAAUAUCUUGCGAAUUACUUUGAACUUCAAUAUUACCUGACGAAAUCUCUUAAUUCCAAAACUAAACAGAUUUUAAGUAAAUAUCGUAUGCAGGCACACUCUCUUCAUAUUGAGUCCGGACGCUAUAAUGCAGUUCCGAGAGGUGAGCGAAUUUGCACUGUGUGUAACAACAAUGAUAUUGAAGACGAAAUGCAUUUUAUUUUAUUAUGUCCUGCGUAUGUAGAAUUAAGAAUGAGAUUUUUAAAGAAGUACUAUUACAAACAUCCUAGUGUAUUCAAGCUAAUAGAAUUAUUUUCAUAUAAAAAUAUUAAAACAUUACGUAAUUUGGGUAAAUAUUCGGUGCAUGCAACAGAUCAAAGAAACAAUCUAAUGAAUUUAUGAACCUAUGCGGUAUCGUCUAUAGUGCUAUAUUGUAAUUCAUUAUUUUAAUGAUAUUAAUGGUAAUGAGUAUUAAUAUUAAUUUUGUACACGUAUAAGGAAUUAUCCUCCGCCAUCUUGGGACAUUCUAUUAUUAUGAUUCUUGUAUUAUGUAUUGAUAUAUACCUAUAUGUUAUAUGACAUUUGGUAAAUAAAAAACUUGAAACUUGA